AUGUCGUUUCGAUCAAUCUUCGACGCGGGUGAGCUGAAAUCAGAACUGGAAAAGUCCGGGGUCAAGCCCAGCUUCAUCCCCUACAUAUGGAAGCAGGUGAUCCAAAACCCCGACGCCCAAUUGGACCAAAUUCCGUCUUUACCCUCCGCCGCGUACCCUCUUCUAACCUCAAAGUUCAAAACCCUAACCUCCUGUGUCCACUCGGCCAUGGAUUCCUCAGACCAACUCACCACCAAGCUCCUUAUAAAGCUACAGAAUGGGGCUCUUGUGGAGGCUGUGAUUAUGAGGUACGAUACCCGCUUGGGAAAGUACAAUGGGAAGCCCCGCCCUGGUGGAAUGAGGUCCACCUUGUGCGUAUCAUCUCAGGUUGGUUGCAAAAUGGGUUGCACAUUCUGUGCCACUGGGAGUAUGGGGUUUAAGAGCAAUCUGACCUCGGGGGAGAUUGUGGAGCAACUGGUUCAUGCUUCUCGUAUUUCGCCUAUACGCAAUGUUGUUUUCAUGGGAAUGGGGGAACCAUUGAAUAACUAUGGUGCCUUAGUGGAAGCGAUUCAUGUCAUGACUGGACCGCCAUUUCAUUUGUCGCCAAAGAAAAUUACUGUGUCCACGGUUGGCAUUAUUCAUGCUAUCAAAAAGCUUCAUAUUGACCUUCCAGGACUGAAUUUAGCAGUUUCACUGCAUGCACCUGUACAAGAAAUUCGUUGUCAGAUAAUGCCUGCAGCUCGAGCUUUUCCUUUAGUAAAGCUUAUGGAUGCACUACAAGAAUAUCAAAAGAACACUCAGCAAAAAAUCUUCAUUGAGUACAUAAUGCUUGAUGGAGUGAAUGAUGAAGAGCAAAAUGCACACCAGCUCGGGAAAUUGCUAGAGACAUUUCAAGUGGUGGUUAAUCUAAUACCCUUUAAUCCAAUUGGUGAUCUGAGUAAGUUCAGCACCAGUAACGAAGAGAAAGUAUCGAGUUUCCAGAAAAUCUUACGAGGUACUUAUGGCAUCCGAACAACAGUUCGUAAGGAAAUGGGUCAGGACAUAAGUGGAGCAUGUGGGCAGUUGGUUGUGAACAAGAGGUCAAUUGAGAACACAGUUCUCUUAACUGAUAUAGAAGAUCUUCAGGUCAGAUAG